GACCCAGCACAAGUACACUACCUGCGCUUGAAGAAAGUACAAGGAAGUAGGCUAAAAAGGGAAAAUCCCGGAUAGGGCUAUAAAAAGACCUUUCAGUGCUCCUUCUCACAGUAUGAUGUUGCAGGCCCACCAAACUACUGCUGCCUCUGAUUUCUCUUAUCACUGGACUUGCGCUGAAGAUACAUGGAAAGCCUCAGGUUAUGUACCCUAACCUUACUGACCAUCAUUGUGAUCCUCAACACCUGCAUUUUGUCAACAGAAUCAGCAAUUUGCUGCCUCUCCUACUCCAAAAGGCCAAUUCGGUGUCAGAAGCUGAAAGGAUACACAAUGCAGGAUAUCAACACCUCCUGUGAUAUUAAAGCCAUCAUUUUUCACAGUGUUACAGGAAAGUUAAUCUGUGCAAACCCUGAAAAGCCAUGGACUCAGCACAGAAUACAGUGUCUGAAGGAGAAAGCAGCAAGACUGUCUUCAUCAAUAAUUGGCAAAAAAUGAAUUAAUCCACCGGAUGCUUUUCAAAAUGGCAGUAUGCAGAAGAGAUUAAAUACCGAUUCUGGUCCUAAGAUGUGCUAUUGUAACCUGUCCCACCCAAUCAUUAUUCAUCUUAGCCAACACCUUUACAUGGAAGAAGAUCCACUGCCAUUAUAUUCUUCUCCAACAGCUAUUCACACUGAAACAUGGUUGUUUUGAAAAUACGUAUUUGUUCUUUUGUAUUUCAAUAUUCUUUUUUAUGAACAGAAAGUGUAUGCCAGAUGGCUUUUGUAAUGACAUAGUGCCAUACCAUAUAAUGAAGCUAUUGAUGACAACCUGAUCAUUAGUUAGGCCUAGUUUGUCUUUAAAGAUAUGUGCAUAAUGUAAAUGGAAUACUGUGUUACCGUGACAUCUAAAUAGUGAUUGAUUCGUGGAUUAUAUUGGCUAGUAACAUAAGAAUUUCUGGCAUGUGUUCUUGGCAGUUGACACUAUACAUUUAGAUCAAAAGACUAUUUACCAUGUUGCGAUGGUAUGUCUCUGUACUGCUGUGAAUUCUUGGUUGACCUACAGUUGUGUGGCAUGGCAUGCAUGCCAGGCUUGUGCAAAAUUUCAGAAUUUAAUUAAACCUGGCUCUUAAAUUCCAAUUGAGGUAGCAAACAGGAAGCAGAAUUGCAAUUAGAAUUGUGCACAACCCUGAUGCAUGCAGUUAUAAUGUUGAAAGGAAUCUAACCAGUGGAUCUUUUAGCAUAUGAACAUUCAUACCAUUAUGGCUAUCAACGGCGCAAAGGCUUAAAACUGAAUAUAGAGUAUGAUAGAUAUCAUUAGAUAUUUACAAUUAGCAGGUUAUAUGCCAAUUCCGAGCUUUAUUUAUGACAGACUAUUUAAGAUCUACUUUAGGUAUACUUUGCUUUAAGCCUGUUUGAGAGACAUAUAUUGAAGGCAUUGAUAAGUGUUAUUGUGCGUAAGUUUCGUGACCAUUUUAAUGUGUUAUUGCACUGUUUAUCUCAGUAUAUCUGUAAUAAAAACUUU